AUGUCUACAUGGUGGAAUUCUGACACAGAACUCCAGUUAGAUCGUGCAGUUUGUACAUCCUGUUGGUGGGAUAUCUACGGGCUUGCACGAGUGCGUCAUCUAGCUCCCAGUGAUUCUGACCAUGUUCCGAUACUCUUACAAGCCAGCUCUGUUCCCUUGGCCAAAAGACCAAGAGUGCACCGGUUCAAAUUCGAAGCUUACUGGCUUGAACAUAAUGAUUCUGAUGAGGUUGUGAAGCAAGCAUGGGCGACAGAUGUGACUGGAAGUCCUAUGUACUGUGCAGCCAAAAAGAUUGAGUUUACAAGGAUACAGCUUGAUGAUUGGCAGAAUAGAGCUUUCAGGACUAGGCAGCAACAGAUGUUGGGGGUGCGUGCUCGUCUUGAGGAGUUACCAGAUGUUCCUAUGUCGGUGGAGGUGCAGAAUGAAAAGAAAGAGCUUAUGAGCAAAUUGCAAAAUCUUCUUUCACAAGAAGAAUUUUUCUGGAAGCAACGGUCCAAAGUGACAUGGUUGAAGGAGGGGGAUAGAAACACAAGCUUCUUUCAUUGA